AUGGUUCGAGAAAAAGAAAAUUUUGUAAAGCAAUCAACGCAUACAUCAUUCUAUACAGGUGGCCAAUUUGCUAUAUCCAAUGAUGGGCAAUAUUUAUUAUGCACGUACAAUGCAUUAGUUCAUAUUCUUGAUGUUGAAACGCAACAAAUAGUUCGCUCGAUUGGCGAAGAUGAUACAUCAUCUGAAAUUGCAUCGUUUGCACUGUUUAAUGAUUUAAUUGUUAUUGCCUAUCGUAACCAAUUAUUACGUCAGUUUGAUUGGAAAACAAGUACAUGUCGUCGAACAUGGAAAUCCGUACAUAAAAAUACGAUUACAUGUAUGACAUUUAAUCCUAGUGGAUCAUUAUUAGCUACCGGUGGAGCAGAUUUUACAGUUAAAAUCUGGGAUGUUGAACAUCUUUAUUAUACACAUAAUUUAAAAGGAGCAACAUCAAUCAUUCGAGUCGUUUUAUUUUAUACAUCAGAAAAUAAAAAAAUUCAUGUUAUUUCUGGCUCUGAUGAUGGUCGAAUCUAUAUGCAUAAUCUACAUACAUCCGGUGCUAAACCAGCAGUUUUAGAAGGUCAUAUGAGUACAGUUACUUCAUUUGUUCUUCACAAUGAUCAUACUUUAAUCAGUUCUGGUCGUGAUCGUGUUGUAGUUAUAUGGGAUCUACAAACUUUGUCAUCUACUCGAACUAUUCCGGUUAUGGAGACAGUUGAAGCACUUAUCUCUUUGCCAUCAAUGGAUUAUCUUAAACCAUUAAAAAUUAAACAAACAUUUAGUCCAAAUGAACCAUUAUUUUUUACAUUUGGUAAUUCCGGCUUAGUUAAAUUAUGGUCCGGAACAACAGGUCGUUGUUUACUAAUUCAAGAAGAUAAAACACAUGAGAAAACGGCUGCUAAUUCAUAUAGUAAAGAUAAAGAACAUGAACAAGUGUUUUUGAAUGCUUAUUUUAAUGAAACAACACGUAUGUUCUAUACAAAUACAGUCGAUCAUAAUAUUGUUGCAUUUAAUAUUAAGAAAUUAAAAUUAGAAAAACAAUUUAUUGGUGAAUUAGGUGAUGUUCUUGAUGUUCGUUUUUUUAAUGAUAAUGAUAAUAAUCCAUUAUAUGCUAUUGUUGCUAAUAAUGAUGAAAAAGUGAAGAUAUUUAAUUUAAAUACAUGGCAUUGCCAAAUGCUGAAAGGCCAUACUGAUAUUGUUAUUGGUUUAGACAUUAGUUAUGAUCAUAGUUUACUUGCAACAUGUUCAAAAGAUGAUAUAGUACGAAUUUGGUCGUAUGAUUCCGAUACAUCAACAUUUUCAUGUGUGGCCCUUGCCGAGGGCCAUACAGGUGAUGUUGCAGCAAUUGCUUUUUCAAAAACAUCCAAUGCGUUUAUUGUCUCCGGUAGUCAAGAUACAACAGCGAAAGUAUGGUCGUUAGAAAAUUUAAUAUUAGAUAAGGAUCUUAGCAUUGAACCACAAAAUCUCUCAUCUUUGUUUACGUUAAAAACUCAUGAUAAAGAAGUCAAUAGUGUGUCAGUUUCAUUCAAUGAUAAACACUUUGCAACAGGUUCAGCAGAUAAAACAGCAAAAAUUUGGGAUAUAAGAAAUCAAAAAUUAUUAGCUGUAUUAUCUGGUCAUCGAAGAGGUAUUUGGUGUGUACAAUAUUCACCUGUUAAUCCAGAAUUAGCAACCGCAUCGGCUGAUGGAUUAAUUAAAAUAUGGUCAACGAAAGAUUACAAUUGUUUACAUACAAUUGAAGGGCAUGAUGCAUCAGUUCUUCGAAUUGUCUAUUUAUCAAUGGGUACUCAACUAAUAAGCAGUGGUUCUGAUGGACUUCUAAAGUUAUGGGAUCUGAAGACAAGUACAUGCGUGAAAAGUAUCGAUGCACACGAAGGCAAAAUAUGGGGAAUGACAGCUUCAACAGAUGAAAGUCUUCUUGUGACUUGUGCUAGUGAUUCAUCCGUUAUCGUUUGGCGUGAUUCAACAGAAGAAGAACGACAAGCAAAACGUGACAAUGUCGAAGAAGUUUUACUAAUGGAACAAGAGGUAUCGAAUUUAUUGGUAAAUAAAAAGUAUCAUGAAGCUUUAAAAAUAGCUCUGAAUCUUAACCAACCAUUUCGAGCAUUAAAAAUUCUCAAAGAAAUUCUCAAUGAAAUUGAUGGAACCGAUCAUUUGAAAAAUACUUUAUUACAAUUUUCAGAUGAUCAUUUAAAUUUACUUUUUUCAUAUGUGAUUGAUUGGAAUACAAAUACAAGACAUUCAACAGAAGCUCAAAUAAUAAUUAAAAUGUUACUAAGCAUUGUAACACCAGAUAAAAUUUUAAAGCUUCCAAAUGGACAAAAAUGUGUCGAAAGUUUAUUGCCUUAUACUGAACGACAUAUGGCACGUAUAGAACGACUUUCACAACAAGUACUUUUUCUUGAUUUUAGUUGGCAUUCAAUGAAGUAUCUUGAUCAAUCAUCAAAUGUUUCAACUUCUGAGGAACUUUCAACAACAUAA